GCAACGCAUCCCAGGCAGCGCAGCCACACACACACACACCAACUCUCAUUCCUCGCACUCUGUCUUCAAGCUUAUCGCCUUUAUCCUAUCUCCGGCCUCUCUUCGGCAUGGGGAACUUCGCGUCCUGCACGCUGGCCAGGAUCCCCGGGGCGGCCAAGGGCGCCAGGGUCGUGCUCCCCGACGGCGGGCUCAGGCUGGUCAGGCCCCCGGCGACGGCGGCGGAGCUCAUGCUCGAGGCGCCGGGCCAUUUCCUGACCGACGCGCGCGCGCUGCAGGCCGGGCGCCGGAUCGAGGCGCUCGCGGCUGACGACGACCUUGAGCUCGGGGGCGUCUACGCCGCCUUCCCCAUGAAGCGGCUCGGCUCCAAGGCCGCGCCCGCCGACGUGGCGCGCCUGGCCGCCGUUUUCGCCAGGGAGGCUCACGCCCGGAGGCCAGCCUCGGCCAAGGUGGCGGCCAUCGUCGUGGCGCCGCCCGAGGCGGCUUCCGUUGCCGCCGAGGCGGUCAGGGCGCCGCGGUUGGAUGAGAUGGCCGUGGACGACGAGGCGGCUGCGGCGGAGAUCGGGGAGCUCAAGCAACGGAUAAGCGGCGGUCGCUUGUCGAGGCGGCGACCGACGUUGGAGACCAUACAGGAGGAGAGCUACGCCGCACAAGCAUGCUAAUGCUACAAGUCAAGUGGCCAUCUAACAAACCGAGAGAUGGCAAAGGCCUUCUCUCGUAUUCUUUCCCCCCCCCCCCCCUUUUUUGACCAUGUGUAAAUUUGCUGCCUCUUUUUCAUGUAUUUUUGAGCGAUGAAAGGGCAAUUGAACCCAAAAAAUAUGGUGGGCAAGUGAUUAAUGAAUCAAGGAGAUCCAUCAUUUUUUUA